UAUUCUACAUUGUAUAACUUAUUUUAUCAUAUAUCAUGGCUUCUUACAUUAUGGUCACGUCCAAGUUCAAUCUUCUCUUAGUACUCAUCCUAACAUGCUCAACCAACAUGACCACAACAUCUUCAAGGCCAAUCCCAAUAUCAAACACUACUACCAUCAUAACCUCGAAUGUCCACUCGAUGUUCGAAAGGCUGAAGCUUAACGACGAACCUGGAGCAACUUCAUCUGUCAACUGCUGGGCCUCAAUGUUCGAGCUACAAUCGUGCACUGGCGAGGUGAUCCAGUUCUUCUAUGAUGGUGAGACUUACCUUGGACCGGGUUGUUGUCGUGCUAUUCGAGUCAUUGAGCACCAUUGCUGGCCUAACAUGCUGAUUACUCUUGGGUUCACUUCUGAAGAAGGGGAUAUCCUUCAAGGUUACUGUGACUCUGAGGAAGAUCAGCAAACUGGGAACUAAAUGACAAGGGUCUUAGUAAUUAAUGAAUAAGUGGUUUAAAUUCCACGAGUAAUGUUCUUAUGUUCAGGUUUGAGAAAAGGCAAAUGAAAGCUUAAUUUUAGUGGUACUAAAUAUACCUGAUGUCUUCUUCAAUGUAUUGUCCUUUGUUCAGUAAAAUGCAUUGAUCAAACAAAAAACAUCUCACUCAUCUUCACUAGGGCUGAUUUUUCAAAAAAAAAAAAAAAAAUGUAAGUUCGAAAAUAUUUCAAAAUGUCACUGAAAAGAGCUCCGAAUUUGAGAGGAACAACAGAACAGCAAG